CUUCCUCCACGAGGCGUCCCGAUCCCGGGCGAUGUGCGCCUUUUUUAUACGCAAACGGCGCGUUUCGCACGCGACUUUUCGCCGCCGCCAGUCAUAUAAUUAACAGCACACUAAUUAACUCUACUCGCGGACGCCACUGCAUUAAAAGCUCAGCGGUGCUGAAUCGAUUAAAGCGCGCUAAAAUCGUACUCGGUUUAUCGCAUGUAAAUCCCGCACGCGUUUCUCUUCUCGCAUCGCAAUGAAGUCGUGGAGUAUUUUCGGUCUUGUCUGUGCGGGCAUGGUGGUUAUUUGCUUACUGUCGACGGCGGAAGCGAAGCGAAGAAAUGAAAAUACAGAUAUGGAUGUUGAUGCAUCACGUGCGAUGAAGAGCAAAAACAGUAGACACGAGUAUAAUAAGUAUAGUCGCGAGUUUUCCGAUGAAAGUAUGCACAAACAGAAGCAGAAGGCGAAGAAAAACAGCAAAAGGUUGCAAUUGGAUUUGGACAACGUGAACGAAGAUGAACUCACCAGUGAUGAACUGCAAGUGUUAGAGUAUAGAAGGAAGAAACUCGAGCGACAAAAUAAGAAAACUUUAGGCGACGUGUUUCAAGAAAAGAAGCAGAAGAAUAAGCAACGGAAGGAGAAAUUCGAGAAGCACGUGCUGAAACAUUUCAAACGAGGCGAUGAAAGUGCCGACGAAGCAACAAAAUCAUCAGAGGAAAUAAUCACACCUUUGAAGCGUGUGAAACUCAGUCGAAACGACCCGGAUGAGUGUAAUUCUUCAGAAGAAAAGUGUCCUUGAACUUUAAGAUAGAAUUGCGACCAGAAAUACGAAUGGGAAAUGUUUAAAAAAUUAUCACGAAGCAGAUCGCAUUUUCUAAUACACUUAAUAAUCUUCCAUUAGUUUUUAAAAUUAAAACUAACACCAUAUCAAACGAGAAAAUAAUAAAUCUUAAAUCAAAGUGGAGUCAUAAAAAUUCCAUGUUCACGGUACAAUUUUUUAAGUGCUUAAAUUUAAUUUUAAACUUUAUAAGUAAUUGUAUAGUUGUAAAAUUAAUAUAUUUACUGUACCUAACGCA